AUGAGAGGAAAGAGGAGCCAUCAGAAGAGCAGUGGAGCAGCUCUGGAGACUCUCAUGGAGGAUAUGGAUUUCGAUGAAAACUCUCCUCCGGUUCCACUGAAGGAUCCUGAAACGGCUAUCACUGAAAAUGGGUCUGCUUCGGUGGUCCACAAGAAGACGACAAAUAGAAGAGCGGGUCCGAAGAAAAUUAUUCCUGAACUAGAUGUCGAAGCCACAGAGAAGAACGUUGUAAACGAGAAGCUCGAAUAUUUCCUGAGCGAAUACGAACCCUUGUUAGAGAAGGCCUGUAAAAAUGAGAAGGGACAGAAAGCGCUCAUCAAGCGCCUAUGGACUGAUCACGAUGAAGUUGUGGAGCGAUGCAGUGUCAACAGUUUACGACAUGCUUUGUGGGAGCCAUCAUUUCUCAAUUGUACAGAAGGUGUGAAGUUCUGCGCUUAUGCUUUAAGAAAAAUCGGGUUCCGAUCAGCCUUCCUACUGAUGAAAAAAAUGGUCGUCGGUGGUGCCUCUAGCACAACGUGUAAUCACCUUGGUCAAGUCAUCUACAACGCCUGGCGUAUGGCAGUCAAAGAAGAGAAUGAGGAUAUGAUGAAACAAAUCGAAGCUGAAAUGAUCACCGGUACCAUCCACGAUGCCAUCUUAUUGCCUUUUAAUCUCUCUAGCAAAUUCAUACAUAUCCUCUCGUCUUUUUCUGUGGAGAACGCUGAUAAGGCAAAAAUGGAGGGCAUGCUUGUUAGAUGUUUCGAGUCAACGCUUUGGAUUGGCUUAGAAUCUUGUCAUGACCAAGUGCGCUACGCAGCGUCGACCAUUCUGCUUGGAUUCUAUCCUUUGAUGGACGACGACGACUUUAAACGGGAAGAGUGCCUGUAUAAACAGAAUAACAUUAUGCUGAGUAUGCUAAAAGAUGAGUGCACAGCAAUAAGAAUGGUGGCUGCUAAAAAGAUAUUGAAAAUCUUGAGUAUGUACUGGAAUUUCGUUCCCCGCGACUUUGUCAAGCAGUAUAUGACAAUAAUCGUGGACACGUUGUCGCGUGAUUCUGUUGUCGGUGUAAGACUAGCUGUAUACGAGGGAAUGCGUUAUCUCAUAGGUGUUCCCGCUUGCUUAAACGCUGCUGAACAUGCUCUCAAGUGUAUAGCGCUCAAUGGUAUCAAUGACAAAAAUGAACGAGUUAGAUUCGCAGCUUUCGAAAUGCUGAAAAUGCUCAAAGGUCAUCGGUAUAUAAGGUUUUUCGAUGUGGUACCGAUGGAAGAGGUUCUCGCACGUUUGCAAGUUGAAACUUCGGAAAGCGUGCGCCGUGAGAUCGUUCCUCUAAUCUUUAAGUCAUUCUUCCCCGAUCGGGAAAGAGCAGAUCAAAGUGAGAAGAUGCGGCGUAUAGCAUUUUUAAUCAAGCAUGGUCGAAUCUGCGCACUCACCUUCCAUCGACUGGUGUUCCCACUAGGUCUUGUUACGGUUAAAGAAGCUGUGGAACAUAUUCUGUUCAUGACGAUUGUUGUCUAUCGCAGCUUCUCGAAAGGCAUGUCAGCGGACGCUACGAUGGAUGGAUCAAUGCGAAUAGACGACACGAUUGUCACCCUGAGUGGGCCGAGUCAAGAUAUCCCCAUGCCAGACGAAGACAACCAGGUGUGGAAACGAAAUCAGGUUUUUUUGGAAUGCGUUGUUGUGAUGUGGAUGAGCAUGAGGAAGGCGCUUAUGGAGACAAAGCAUUCUGCUGAAAAGCAGAAGCUCGACAACUUGGAAACUAAGGUGUUCAAGAAGUUGUUCCAGUGCUUUAGAAACACUUCGCUUAUUGGAACCACGAUGUUAAUUGGGAGCAUGCUGCCACCAUCAUCAAUGGACAGUAUCACCCAGUCAGUGCUAUCAUUACUUAAUGAGAAAGUCGUGGAUGAAUGUGUUAUGGAGCCAUACUUGGAAGCAACAGCGCAAUGGCGGAUAGAACACCUCUUUGAAAUCAUAAAUUCAGGGUUGAAUUUGUUGCAAACCGAGAUAAGCGGGCCUACUUGUUCACCUCCAGGCAAGAAAAGGAAGUCGCCGGACCUACCUCCUGUGGAUCGUCUGCGGAAAGCACUACGCUAUUUAAGAUAUUUGCUCAGAAGUUAUACUACGAAUCAAAUGAUAACCUGUAAUCAUCUUUAUCAACUAGAAAAGUUCUAUAAGAAAUUGUCCAUGAUUCGACAUUUCGUAGAUAUCAGAUUGGGAAAUGAAGUAAUAGAUGUUGGUGUUCCGGAUAGUCUCAUUGUCGAGACCUUCGAGAUGAAACAGACCUUGGCGGCUGUUCUUAUAAACUGCAAGGACCGCGGUGAAGAUGAUACAGAUCACACGGCUAGAUUUAUGAAUGACAUGUGUGACGAGUUAGAAUGGUUUGAAGCAGAAGUGAUAUCGAAUAUGGGUAAUGUUACUUCUGAUGAUGUCAUCCCAUUUUUGGUUCAGCUUAGCGAGACUAUUCUUCGAAAUAUUGGUUUCACCAUGGCCGCUUGGGACUUCUCACAGGCAGUGAAACCCUCAGUAUCAGACUCAUGUGUGGAGGAGGAAGUGAGCCAAAGAAUGCGCGAUUACCCGGAAAUAGCUAGCAGGUUAGUUGUGUCCUUCUGUAGCAGCAGCACUCCAGGCUUGUUACUCCCUGCAGUCCUGAAUGCAGCGCGGAGGCUUCUGGACAUUGAGUUCAUCAGUUCGUCACCGUUACUGCCUGUGCUGGAUUUUAUACCGAAGUGGAUAAUUAAGUGUACUAAACAAGACGACCAGUUGGAUGAGAAAGCAACCGCAGACGCCUAUUUAUCAUUAUGGAAGGCAUUCCUGGAACGCAGUGAGUAUACCGAAACAAUGUUGGACAAGUCGAUAAAUGUUUGUGCUGUUCUACUUCUCAAUUACCUCACUCAGUCCAAUGAAGACGCACGGGACGUACCUGAUCCACGUUUACAUGACUACGAAGUUACAUUACCAAUAUCAAUCAUUCUUCAUAAAGUUAUAUUCAAACACAAAUUGUUAAUAACAAAAUUUAUGGAGAGAGUCGGUGGACUGUCCUGUAGUGAUCUGCUGUUUUCUGAUGACUUAGACGGAGAUACAUGUCUGCUGCGAUUAGGAAGUUGCGCUCAGCUGGCGCUGCUGUGUGACCUGACCGCACACGGAGUUCGCAGGGUUGGAAGCAGUACAUCAACGGUUCAUCGAACCAGCCAAAACGUAGCAAAUUUGCUGGCAAUUCUACGUGAUCGCGUGGAAACCGUGGCGAAGAAGAAUCCACCCGAAGACAACAUGAUUCUUUAUCAGUUGAGGGAAAUGUUUGAAUAA